GUGCAGAUGGCCAGGGCGUGCUGUGCAUGUUACUGUGCAGGCAAUUCAGCAAGGCUGCUGCAAAACCAACCAGCUCUCUCAGCUCUGGGUGCUGGAGCUGGUCUGCACGAGCCCCCUUGCAACAAUCAAGGUCUCAGCAGACAGAACCAAGUUGCAGGGAAAGUUCAAGCUGUUUCUCUCACCCCCACCCUGUUCCCUUGCUCUCCAAAAGUUACAAACUGUGAGUUUCCUUCCUGAUAAAACUACAAAGCUUCCUCACUGAUUGGUCUCAGUUUGGGAAAGGACGUGACAUCAGCAACUUUGCAGGCUUUAGGCCUGGGGGCUGGUGUGGCCUUGGCCGGCCUCCAGCUAGCUAGACUGUCUGCCCAGGACGUGUGCAGCUCAGCCAGCCACAGACCUGGAAUUUUUCAGGAGCAGGGGGAGCAUGGAGUUUGGACUUCCCUGAGCAACUGAAGUGGAGCGUGCAGCUUGCUGACCCAGGAGAGCACCAUGGAUGCCGAACAAGGGGGCAGGAAUGGCAGCAAGCCCCGGGGGCCAGCAGACCCUCCUGACACCAGGCUCCUUUCAAACCCAUUGAUGGGCGAUGUUGUGUCUGAUUGGUCUCCUAUGCAUGAAGCUGCAGUCCACGGAUGUCUGCUUUCUCUGAGGAACCUCAUCAGCCAGGGGUGGUCUGUGAACCUUGUCACGGCAGAUUGUGUUUCCCCACUCCAUGAAGCCUGUCUUGGAGGUCAUCUCUCUUGUGCAAACAUUUUAUUAAAGCAUGGAGCUAAGGUGAAUGGCGUGACAGCAGACUGGCACACUCCGUUGUUCAACGCCUGUGUCAGCGGCAGCCAGGCCUGUGUGAAUGUGCUUCUGCAGCAUGGAGCCAGCCCCCACCCAGAGAGUGACCUGGCAUCCCCCAUCCACGAAGCUGCUAAGAGAGGCCAUGUGGAGUGUGUCGAGUCCCUUAUAGCUCAUGGGAGCAACAUUGACCAUAACAUCAGCCACCUGGGCACUCCGCUCUAUUUGGCUUGUGAAAACCAGCAGAUAGCCUGUGCCAAAAAGCUUCUGGAGUCAGGAGCAAGUGUGAACCAAGGCAGAGGUCUGGAUUCUCCUCUUCAUGCAGUGGCCAGGACGUGCAGUGGGGAGCUGGCCCGCCUGCUCAUGGACUUUGGAGCAGACACCCAGGCCAAGAAUGCCGAAGGCAAAAGUCCUGUGGAGCUGGUGCCUCCGGAGAGCCCCCUGGCCCAGCUCUUCUUGCAGAGAGAAGGUGCUUCUCCUUUGCCUGAACCUAAGCCCUAGUCCAUAAAGCCUCCUUCUGGUUCUAGUAGGAGGGCCCCCUUCUUUGAUGCAGUUAUGCCGCCUUCGAAUUCGGAAGUGCUUUGGAAUCCGGCAGCAUCAUAAGAUAACCGGACUGGUUCUCCCCGAGGAUCUGAAACGGUUUCUCCUACAUCUUUAAAUGCACCAAGGGAGUGGAUUCACAAACAACAGGAAAACAUGACUGAUUGUUGUGGCCACUGGAAUUUUCAAAUAAAAUUGGGUUUAUAGAGGUUGGCUAGUUUUUUUCAUUUAGAUUUUUGUUUUUAAUA